UGACUCCGUCAGCAAAUGUAGUGGAAGAAGAAGAAGAAGAAGAAGAAGAAGAAGAAGAAGAAGAAGAAGAAGAAGAAGAAGAAGAAGAAGAAGAAGAAGAAGAAGAAGAAGGGUUAUGGCAACAAUGAUUGAGGAAAACGGUCCUUCGACACAUGAGCGCUCUGACGUGUCCCCGUCCUACCGGGCCCGGCAGAACCUGGAGGGGCUCCUGAACAAGAACAUGAGGAUCCGGAUGACGGACGGACGGACUCUGGUGGGGCUGUUCCUCUGCACGGACCGGGACUGCAACGUCAUCCUCGGAUCGGCUCAGGAGUUCCUCAAAUCCACAGACACAUUCUCCCAGGGUGAACCCAGAGUCCUGGGUCUGGCCAUGAUCCCCGGUCACCACGUCGUUUCCAUCGAGGUGGAGGCAGACAGUCUGGAAGACACACAAGGAUUUGGAGCUAACCAUUGAUGAAGGGCAACCCUGUUUGGAUGACACUCAGUGUGACCGUCUCUCAGAGAGCCAGAUAAUAUGGCUGAGCUCAAAGUAGAGCGGACAUCUUCAUUGGAGGAUUUUAUCAGGACACUUCACCUCUACAGAUGCAGAACUCCUGUGUCGAUAUUCUGGAUUGAGCCAUUUCCUCUAAACUUGAAGAUGUGUCAAUUUGCAGCUGUACGUUACAGGAUGUGUGUAUGAGAAGGUGAAGCAAACAGCAGAUCCAUGGAUGUGUGUGGAGACGGUGUUUUGGUGUACAGAGAACGUCUUUGUUUCAUGAUGUUUGUAUGUGUGUUUGAGACCUUGUGUUCUAUUGUUUAAAAUGUGUCAGGAGCUACAUGCUGUCUAAAGGGGAACUCCACCGAGUCGGUCUACAGGUGUUGGGAUUUACUAUUGAAUACACCAGAGUACAACUGAAGACUAGAAGU